CUUAAAACCAAACAGAAGGAAAUAUUCUAUUAUUAAAUCUUUAACAUGAAAUUGUUUUUAUCUAGACUGAGUAUUUUAUUGAUCUUAUUACUUAAUGUUAAAACCACUGCAGCUGCAAAUAACCAGAGCGCAUCUAUUAUUGCUGGUGUUCGAGCCAUACCAGGGGAAUAUCCCUGGCAUGUGCUUUUAAAAAGACGUCCACAAAGUUCAUUAUUGUGUGGGGGUUCUGUUAUAAGCAAUACAUGGGUUUUAACAGCUGCUCAUUGUAUUAUAAACAGGACAUCCGUUUAUAUGCAAUUUGGAACUGUAGAGCUGUUCUCUAAUGCCCCUGGUAUGAAUUCUACGCGAUUGUUUACACAUCCAUUAUACAAUAAAAAUACUAAUGGAGAUGAUGUAGGACUUAUUGAGCUACCUACACCAUUGACCUAUAAUGCCUUUAUUCAACCUAUUCCAUUAGUAACUUCAAUGGAAGCUGAAAGCAAUGAUUUUAUUGGCGUCAUAGCAUUUAUAAGCGGUUUUGGUUAUUAUAUCAAUAAAGUAAGUAGAGUGUCAGAAUGGUUAUUAUGGGGUGCUGAAGAAGUAGUUAGUAAUACUGUCUGUCGUACGGUAUAUGGACCAACGCCAGCAUCACAUCUAUGUACGAUUGGUUAUACACCUGACAGGCAACAUCCAUGUAAAGGUGACUCAGGUGGUGCUUUAGUUUGGAGAAAUCCAAACCGUACGCAUAAGCAAAUUGCUGUAUUUUCUUAUGGAUCAAUAGCAGAUUGUGCGGGCUUACCUUCGGGUUAUAUGAGAGUUUCUUCGUAUUUGGAUUAUAUUAAUAAUAUAACGGGUUUAAAUUUUGAAUAAUGAAUAAAUUUAAUGUACAAAAUGGCGCUAUAUGUACA